AUGUCAAAUUCAGAGAAAGGCGGCUUGGUUGCAAAGGUCCAUCCAGUAACUGUCGCCAUCAUCUCCAAUCAUUUCACAAGAAGUGUUUUAUUGAAUGAUGGAAAGUAUUGUCAGGUAGGCCUCAUUCUUUAUGUUAUAAUUAAUGUUUAGGUGAUCGGAGCUCUUCUUGGAAAGCAAGACGCAAAAUAUAUUGAGAUUCUAAACUGUUUUGAGUUGGAGGCAAAAGUUGAAGGAGGAAGAAUUGAUCUCAAUGUGGAAUAUUUAAGAACCCGAGCUAAAUUAUGUAAGAGGAAUGUUUGUUGAUAAUCGUCGUUUAGAUGAAGAGACCUUUUCUGAUCUGACUUUCUUGGGGUUCUAUAUUAUUGGAAAUCACUCGGCCAUUGAUGAGACGGAUCUCAGACUCUACGAAUACGCACUCAAUUUCUCUGACUUUGCCUUUAUUCUCAAACUGAGUCCUCUCGUUGCGGAGUUGAAUGACAAGGUAAGUUUUAAAUAAGCAUCUAUAUCCGAUUAAGAUUCCUGUUAGUGUCUAUGAAGCCAAUUUGGAUCAUAAAGAAGGAAGAACGGUUCUCAAUGAAAUUCCUGUAAAGAUUGUAAGCGAUGUCGCCGAGAGAAUUGGAACUGAUCAUGCUGCCAAAUACACUAGUGCCGGUGACAAGAAUGAAGCCACUGCAUCUAAGAAACUUCAAGAACAACACGGAGCCCUGAAAAUGUUAUGGAGAGGACUUUCUGUAGCUGUCGAUUAUCUUGAUGUAAGAUGCCUUUCUAUUCUACAAGUAUUCCGUUUUUAGGCAAUUGAAAAGGGAGAAAUCCAACCAAAUGAAGAGGUAUUGAGAGAAUUGAACAAGUUGGCUAUCAAGGUUUCGUUUCUCAGGAAUAAUCAGAUCAAAUGUGAGGAAGGGAACGUUGAUAUCAAUGACGAGAUGAUUGUCCUUCUAACGAUGAACAACAAGAUCUCUAAUUCAAUUUUUUCUGUAAGUAUGACUUUUUAAUAUUAUGAUCUUAUUUUAGUUGGUGAAUAAGUUAAAUACGGUGGUCAACGAAUCUUUUGCUGGCUAUCAUUCUUCGCCAAUGAAACGGAAAGAAAAUAUUUAG